AUGCCUGCCUGCUGCUGCUGCGCCUCCUAUAAACACCACACAGUCAGUCAAUUAUUACGUAAUUUGAUUUGGUGUCUUUCAGAUUUUUUUCUUAUUUUUCUUUCUUGUUUUGUGCUACAUUUUAUUUAUAAAUUUUCGUUUCACAAAAAAUUUCUAGUAAAUUGCUUGCAUGCGACCGACUCUCUACUAUUUUGCACCUCUACUCAAACGAGAAAAAUCAAAUAAAUCAGACAGACACACAAGUUAAUACAACAAUAAUAAUAAUAAAAAAAAUUAUAUUAGAGAAAUAAAAAAAAAAACAAUUGCAAAUGAAAACGAAAAUGCCAGUGUAGCGGAAAAGAAGUUACACAUGAGUGUAUAGAGCAGUGUAGUUGUUAUUAUUUUGUGGGAAAUGCAAAAAAAGCGAGAAAAAAAUAAAACAAAAUAAAAAAAUAGUUAGAAAAUAACAGUGAACGGUAAAAAACUAAACAAAAAAAGAGAUUAAAAAACCGAAAUAAAUAAAUGUAAACACGCGUAUGUUUGUGUAUGUGAAGUUAGACAUAAUACAACAAUAACAAUAUAACAAAAACAACGUAAAACCAUAAACAGUUGAGUUCUUAUUGUUUUUUUACAACUUUUUCCUACUUUUUAUUAUUUUGUUCGCCUUUUGGCCGUUUUUAUAAAAAGUGUGGAAUGUAUGUGGAACAUAAAUGAAAUGAAUAAACAUCCAUUUACUUAUUAAAAGAAGAGUUGCAUCUACAACAUACUACAACAACAACAACAACUACUGCUACAACACCAACAAUACCAGCAGCAGCAACAACAACAUUAUAAAGAACAAGAAAAAGAACACCAAAAACCACAUACAAACACACAACAACAACAACAAAAGUAGCACCAACAACAACUUACAACAAAAACGGCUAAAGGAGCUACGAAAAACGAUUGAGACUUCAAACAUUUACGAGGAGACAACUUUUCCACGAUUAAUAAAAUAAAACACACUCUACUACUUGCUCCCUACUAAACCAUAAACAGCCAAGUAUCCCAAAAAAAAAAAGGAGUCACUUAGAAGAAGAAGAAGAAGGUUUUCUUUUCUUUUCCCCUCUUUUUUUUUCUUGAUUAUUUCUGUAAGAAGUUAAACACACAGAAAUCGAGCGACCGACACGACACGACACCAACUGUUGUGAUUGACGUGGGGUCCUUUAUUUUGUUGCCGCAAUAGAUUUUCUCAAGUGUGCCAUCGCGAUGGCUGCACCCGCAGCCUGUACGCGUUUCUCGGACAAUUAUGAGAUUAAAGAAGAGCUGGGCCGAGGCGCUUUUUCGAUUGUAAAACGUUGCGUUCAAAAAUCCACAGGCAAUGAGUUUGCCGCAAAGAUUAUCAAUACCAAAAAGUUAACAGCACGAGAUUUUCAAAAGUUAGAGCGUGAGGCGAGAAUCUGCCGUAAGCUGCAUCAUCCAAAUAUUGUGCGACUGCACGACAGUAUACAGGAGGAGAACUAUCACUAUUUGGUGUUCGAUCUGGUGACCGGGGGCGAAUUGUUUGAGGACAUUGUUGCAAGGGAAUUCUAUUCGGAGGCGGAUGCAUCGCAUUGUAUUCAGCAGAUAUUGGAAUCGGUAAAUCACUGCCACUCGAAUGGUGUGGUCCAUCGUGAUCUGAAGCCGGAAAAUUUACUAUUAGCUAGCAAGGCCAAGGGUGCCGCCGUAAAACUGGCCGACUUUGGUCUGGCCAUUGAGGUGCAAGGUGAUCAUCAGGCCUGGUUCGGUUUUGCCGGCACUCCUGGCUACCUCUCACCGGAGGUGCUCAAGAAGGAACCCUACGGCAAGCCAGUGGACAUUUGGGCUUGUGGUGUUAUCUUAUACAUUUUGCUCGUUGGUUAUCCACCGUUUUGGGAUGAGGACCAGCACCGUCUGUAUUCCCAGAUCAAGGCUGGAGCUUACGAUUACCCAUCGCCCGAAUGGGAUACGGUAACACCAGAAGCCAAAAAUCUCAUCAAUCAAAUGCUUACCGUCAAUCCCCACAAGCGCAUCACAGCGGCCGAGGCCCUCAAACACCCCUGGAUAUGCCAGCGCGAGCGUGUAGCCUCCGUGGUACACCGCCAAGAAACUGUUGAUUGCCUCAAGAAGUUCAACGCCCGUCGCAAGCUGAAGGGCGCCAUUUUGACCACCAUGCUGGCCACACGCAACUUCUCCAGCAAGAGCAUGGUCACCAAGAAGGGCGAGGGCUCGCCCGUUAAGGACUCGACCGACUCAUCCAACACCACGUUGGAAGACGACGAUGUCAAGGCCAGGCGCCAGGAGAUUAUUAAAAUCACGGAACAACUGAUUGAGGCCAUCAACAGUGGUGAUUUUGAUGCCUACACCAAGAUCGGUGAUCCGCAUUUGACUGCUUUCGAGCCGGAGGCCCUCGGCAAUCUGGUCGAAGGAAUUGACUUUCACAAAUUCUAUUUUGAAAAUGUCUUGGGCAAGAAUUGCAAAGCCAUCAAUACUACCAUUUUAAAUCCACACGUCCAUCUAUUGGGCGAGGAUGCCGCUUGUAUUGCUUAUGUACGCUUAACUCAAUAUAUCGAUAAACAGGGUCAUGCCCACACCCAUCAGUCGGAGGAGACACGUGUCUGGCAUAAACGCGAUAAUAAAUGGCAGAAUGUCCAUUUCCAUCGUAGUGCUUCGGGCAAAGCUAGUGGAGCAACGACUUUUGAUUUUGUAUCCAAAAAUUAGACGACGACGACGACGAUGAUGGUAACAACAACAACUACGACGACUGCUACGACAACAACCAAACAACAACAAUGACGACGAGGACGACGAAAGCCACGACGACAGUAUGUCUACCACUAUAUAAACUAUAACAAACAACAACAACAAAAAACUACUUACAACAGGAUUAUUUAUAUGUGUGUGUGUGCAAAAAAAAAGAAGAAGUGAAAGAAGAGCUAAAGGAAGAUGAAUCAGAAGAAAACAAGAAGAUGAAUUAUAAUAGAAAAGAAGAGAACAGCAGCAUUAAAAGCGAACGAGGAAAAAAAUAAACUUUUUUUAUUGAACAAAAAAAAAAAACAAAACCAAAAACAAAAAAUAUAUAAAAACCGUGCAAAAAAAACUUUUUAUUUUUUAGAGUGGAAGAGAAAGAUGUUGAAGAAGAUACAGAAGAACAUGAUGAAUUUUUAUUUUAUUUUUUCGAAAGAAGAACGAGAAGAAGAGACAGAGGAAGGAGAAGAAGCCGCAGCAGCAGCAGCACUUGUCAGUGUUAUAAUUACACAGAUAUUUUUUGCGUCUACGUCACCAUUUUUUUCUUACUUUAGACUCUUAUAAAAAAUAUACUUAUAAUUAUAAAUUAAAACAAAAAACAAAAAAAUAAUAAAAACAAAAAAAUACAAAAAAACCAAAAUUCGAUCGAAUUCUUAAAUAAAUUAUAUCACAAUUUAAUAAAAAUAAAUAAAUGAAUAAAAAACAAAAAAAAACAAAAAA